AUGCCGCAACGUCAUCGGCAGACAGCCUCAAGGCACCGCUUCCGCUCCACUCAUCCUCCCGACCGCAUCCAUGCCCCGAAUGCUACGCCUCAUCUGACAGCUUCUCCCACUUCAUUUCUGCAACAAUGCAGCUCGGCACUGCUGGCUAAAGUGUGGUUUCGGCCAGAUUAUGUCCGAAGGUUGGUCGAACUGUCGAGGGGGCAAAGACUGAGCUUGAUUGUUUACACGAUUUGGCCGGGCCUGGGGUCGGGAUCACCGUUUUCCAAACAAACCCGACCUCCCCAACAUACACUUUUGCCCACUUGGUCUCCACACACCGGCCACACCUUGCGGCACAAUCCGAUGUGUGCCCUCCUGGGGGAAGUGGGUGUAAACAAUCGCCGACUGCAGGAAUGA